CCCUGGGGGCUCCUGCAGCGCUGUGUCCGCAGCCGCAGCCCGCUGCCCCGCCAGACCGGGCCGGGCGCCAGGCGUGUGGCGGUGCCAGCAUGACCCCUCUCGCCCUGCACAGCCGCGGGGCUUUCCCGGGGGCGCUGCCGGGAAACUCUCACCGCACAGUGGACAGACUUGCAAAAUCUCUUCCUCCCCCACCCCCAAUCCCCGCUGCUUGAUAAAUGCUUCCACUCCGCUCCAAGCUGCGAGACGCGGCUCCGCAGCGACGCGAUCCAGGCUGGGGAGGCGCUGGUUUGCCUGCCGCAGGCAUCAUCCCUCACCGAGAGUCGCGGGCGGGGGAGAUAUGGAGAAAAAUUCUUCCAACAUGAUCCCUCUUGCUGAAAACUCUCCUAAUAAACAAGAGACUGUGUGUAUUUUUGGAACAGGAGAUUUUGGAAGAUCUCUGGGGUAUAAAAUGCUCCAGUGUGGCUACUCAAUAGUGUUUGGAAGCCGAAAUGCACAGACUUCCAGUCUGAUUCCCAAAGGCACAGAGGUGCUGAGCCAUGGAGAGGCUGCUCAGAAGGCUGACAUUAUUAUUGUAGCAAUUCAGAGACAACAUUACAACUUUCUCACAGACUUAACUGAAGUUCUCCAUGGAAAAGUAUUGGUGGAUGUAAGCAACAACCUCAAAAUAAACCAAUAUCCUGAAUCCAAUGCAGAAUACCUUGCUCAACUGGUGCCAGGCGCUAAGGUAGUGAAAGCAUUUAACACCGUGUCAGCAUGGGCCUUGCAGUCAGGCACGUUGGAUGCAAGCAGACAGGUGUUUGUCUGUGGAGAUGACAACAAAGCCAAACAAAUGGUGAUGGAUAUUGUUCGGACUCUUGGUCUUACACCAUUGGAUCAAGGCUCUCUCUUGGCAGCCAAAGAGAUAGAAAAUUACCCACUGCAGCUCUUUCCAAUGUGGAAGUUUCCCAUCUACUUGGCUAUUGGCCUAAGUGCAUUUUUUUUCUUCUACAGUUUGAUCCGUGAUGUAAUCUACCCCUACAUAUAUGAAAACAAAGACUUAUCAUUUUUUAUUGCAAUUUCCAUUCCAAAUCGGGUCUGCCCCAUAGUGGCACUCAUCCUUCUUGCUUUGGUUUACCUUCCUGGCAUAAUUGCUGCAAUUCUCCAGUUACACAGAGGUACAAAAUACAGUCGUUUCCCAGAAUGGCUAGACAAAUGGAUGCUCUGUAGAAAACAGCUUGGAUUAGUAGCCUUGGUUUUUGCUUUUCUACAUGUUUUGUAUACUCUUGUUAUCCCUAUUCGCUAUUAUGUAAGAUGGAGAUUAAAUGUUUACGUCAUAUCUCAGAUAAAGGACAACAGAACAAAUCCAUUUAACAACACUACGGGCUGGAUUAGUGACUCUUACUUGGCUUUAGGCAUCCUGGGAUUUUUUCUGUUUAUCUUGCUGGGAAUAACUUCCUUGCCCUCUGUCAGCAACAGCGUCAACUGGAGAGAAUUUCGAUUUGUACAGUCCAAACUGGGAUACCUGACACUGAUUUUGUGCACUGCACAUACGCUGGUCUACGGUGGGAAGAGAUUCUUGAACCCUUCAAUGUAUAGAUGGUAUCUUCCUGCAGCAUAUAUGCUUUCUCUCAUUGUUCCUUGCAUUGUCCUGGCCGUUAAAUUUGUUCUGAUAUUCCCAUGUAUAGAACGACCACUCACACAAAUUCGACAGGGCUGGGAGAGGAACUCCAAAGGUUCAAAACAAGCAAAUUACAAUGAUAGCAAGUCAGCAGUAUAAUCACUUAGUAAACACCCAAUCUGUAUAUCAUUGCAAUGUCUCAAAAACUUAAAUUUUAUAUUAAUGUCCUUUCCCAGUUUUACAUGCAGGAAAAGGCAAAAAGGAGGAAACUUUGCCAGGUCUGAGCAAUUUAUUGAUAUAAAAAAUGACAUAGGUCCAAUCUUAAACACAAAUAAAGCCAGAAGCCACUGGGAAUGCUCUGUGACCCAUGAGCUGGCUUCAUCUCCCUCUCAUUCACUUUAUAAACUCACUGCUUGUCUGCCCCUUCCCACUCGCCUGGAGUCAAGACAGGAGGAAGAAACUGCCUGAUUUCCCUCCUUUUAUUAGUAUGGAAUCCCACUCUGGAUAUGGCACCACCAGUUGUUAGGCUGGCCCUGCCUGGACCAUGGGCAAAGAGGAGCUCAGCUCUUUGAUGGCUUUGCUUUCUCUCCAUUAACCUCUGUUUCAGGAGAGGUCCUUAGCUACACGCCAUGUAUACCUUAAAGAUAGCUGGCCAAGAUUUGUUUGGUUUGUGUACAGAAAUUUUACUGUUGGAAGUGGGUGGGCCAGUGGUCCUUGCUACACUGGACUACUGCAAACUCAGGCAUCAGGCUGCUGGGAAGCGGGGAAAAGAGAGACUUUUCAAAAUCAUGGAUAAGGAAAGUGGUGUCAGGAAAAGACAGACCUUGGUUAUGGUGGUUACAAAUGUGUGAUUCUCCAUGAAGAGUGACCAGUGAUUGAGAUUGUGAUUAUGCUGCAUUCUCAAGUUAAAUCAAUUCGUCAUUUUGCUUAAUAUGAAUUUGUGGCCAGAUUUGUUUAGUCUAUGCUUAUAAUGAGUUAUAAUCUCUGGUGUAAUAUGCUGAUUUAUUGGAAUUUUUUGUUAUAAGUUCAAUAAAGAGGAGGUCUUUUGCUUUCCAAAAUCCUGGGGUUCAAUAUGACCAAGUGUUGCUCAGAAGCAGUUAUAUUGUGCAUAUUUCAGUGACAAUGAAGAAAAUCCUCAAAAUAAUUGAUUUCUGAGAGUAAUUUUGGAGAUCUUGCAACACAGAAGGACUGUAAAUGCUCUAUAGAUGUAUGCUUAGCCACCAAGUCACCUGUGUGUGACAAUGCUGCUGAUAAACAGGGAGCAGAUGGUGAAUGAUGACUUGGUACUAGAAUUGAGGUGACUAGAGAAACCACCAGACCUCUUUGCACUGGGAGGGGAAAGAAAAGAAUGAAUAAUGGGUUUUAACAGGAACAGACUUGCUCACCAACUCUUCUGUCGUAUCACCACUGUUUCAGAGACAAGAUCAACACAUACAAAUGGGUAAUUGUAAUAAUGAAAUGACUAAUUGAAAUUUCAAAUGGGUAGUAUCAACCAGGCCAGAAUAAACAAAAAAAUCAUUAUCUGACGCUUUCCAAAACCUUUACAAUAUGGGAGUAAUUUUACUCCACUACAUCCACCAUAAAGAUAAAAGUACUUAGCAUGUACCUGACUCGUAAAAAAGCGUAGGCCAGAGGGUGGAAUGAUAAACGAGACAAAUGUAUUAGUGACUGGCCCAGCCAGAUUCCUUAUGUCUAGUCUAACACCAGUGUUAUCCGCCUGCUAACUACAGCCACUAGUCACUGGUGCAAACUUCAUAUUUCAAGGUGUAUUAAGCUAUACAUACCAUUGGUGCAAUUAAGUAGUUUUCUUUCCCCUUUUAACUGAUAGGUGAGGGUCCACAGAGGGUCCAUUUAAAGUUGUUUCAAAUUAAUGUUAAGAAAUUAUUGACUGAAGAAAGUGCAAAAGUCACAGUCCUAGCUCAAUGUCCUUUUGGCUAAGUAAAAACACAGAAAAGAUUAUCCUUAAAAUUCAACCCUCUGACACGCCAAGGGUAAAGUGGCUGGCUGUUUGGAGAAGAAAAGCUGAAAACAAAAAAGUAAUGGAUAAACAGAAAUCUUACACACCUACAGUCUAGGGGCAAAUUCUGCCUUCAGUAACACCUGUGUCAACAGAGUUACUUCAGACUACAGAGCACAAAAAUAUUUCCAAGAUACACCAAUUGCUUGUAACUUCAGGAAAUUACUAUUAAGAGCUCUGCAAAUAUAGGUGCAAUUUCAGGAAUUCCCCUUUCUACCUGUCACUGUGAAACUCCUAGGGAAUUAUCUCUGGGCUAGAGUAUAAACUUCACUAAUGAGUGCCAAGUAACAAAAGUCCAGUAGGUUUGAUUUACCAAAUACAAAUAUAGUGUGUACUUCAUUGCCCCUUGUUUUAGAGAGCAGGGCUCCACAGAUGAAAACUUUCCAUUGUGCCGGAGGGUGCUUGACCCCUGGCUCUGCCCCAGGCCCUGUCCCCACUCCACCCUUUCCCUAAAGGCCCCACCCCACCUCUUCCCAACCCUGCUCCACCUCUUCCCACCCCGUUCCCCCAAGCAUGCUGCGUCCUUACUCCUCCCCCCUUCCUCCCAGCCUCCUGCAUGCUGUGAAACAGAUGAUUGCGGUGGGUGGGAGGUGCAGGGAGGGAGAGAGAAGCGCUGAUUGGCAGGGCCGCCGGCGGGCACGAGGGGAGGCGCUGAUAGGGGGGCUGACGGUAGGUGCUCAGCACCCACCAUUUUUUCCCCAUGGAUGCUCCAGCCCCGAAGCACCCACAGAGUUGGCGCCUAUGCAGGAUUCUAUGUACAGGGUUCUUUGUGUCAGGGUACUCAAUACAAGGCCAAAUCCUGUAGUCUUUACUCAGGCAAAACUCCCACUGCAAAGUAGUCCGUCUUAGUACAAAAUUACAGCUGCAUGAUUUCAUACAAUCUUUGUAAUCAGUAAGGGUUGUCACAGAUCCACAGGAUCAGUGCUAUGGCCCCAGCUUUGGAACAGUCUCUGGGAGGACCCCACUCUUUCUUCAGGGUAAGCCGCGCAGCUUCAUUGCCUCCUUAGGCCUUCAGCACUCCUGUUUCACAUCAUGAGCACCAUUCAGCAAGUCCCACUUUGAGGCAGGACCCUGAGGAAAACUUGUACAGCCUUAAGGAACAAUGCACCUCUGCAAGCACCUGCAGCCACACUCCACCAGCGUUGUGAAACAGUAGGGUUUAUUAGUUGACUGGAACACAGCAUAGGAAGACUUUGGUUAGUUUAGAGAAAUUAAGGUUAUAGAACAAUCCAUUCUGGGUAGCCAGAGCCCAGUCAAGCUGCAGUGAGCCCCCAUUAUUCAAGCUCUGUCUGUCCCUCUGUCUGAUCUCCUAUGUCAGACUCCUACAUGUGCCCCCGACUGCUUCCCACAGCUGGCCCUUAAAUUCCACCUCACCCCAGUUCUUUGUCCCCAAGCUGGAGAAAUUCAGCUUGAAGUCCAUAUCUCUCUGGAUCAUUGGUUCCUAGGUGUCCAGGUCCAGGCUAUUGAAUUUGACAAUGUCUUCUCAAGAGCUCCAUUGAUAUGGAAUCUAAGGCUCCAGAAAGUGAGUCACCCUUUGCACCUGUGUCUUAGCUUGCCCCAGGAACAAACAGUCCCUUUUCACCCACUAGGUCAAAAUGCAGCAUAUAGGGGACACGGAGGCACAUAUAGGCUUCAUUAAAAUAUUUUUUUUUAAUUCCCACUUCAUCACACGGGCUAAAUAGUACCACCAAAUGAUGUAAGACCAUGGAAUAUACACUUUGCCUCAUGGGAGACUGAGGGUAGGGGGCCCUUUCUAUAAAGAUUGAUAUAAAAUUUGUUUUGUGACUAGUAUAUGAACUAAAAUGAUUCCUUUUUUUUAAAGUGAGACAUAUUUUUAGUAAGGGUUUGUCUAUAUGAGGAAGUUAGUCCAGAGUUGCUAGUAUGCUUUUAAAUUCACACCCUAACUUACUCCCCCUGUGAAUGUUCUUACUGCACACUACAACUGCGCUUGAGUAGUUUAGCUUAAUGUGCUUCCAAAGUGCACUAAACUACUGCACACAAAGGCACUCUCAAUGGUCAGUAAGCGUGUCCACAUGGGGAGUUAGUGUGGAGUACCUCCCACACAUUACUGCUGUGGCCUUUUUCCGCAUGUAGACAAGUCCCGUGAUGUUUCAGAGCUGUAGUCUGCAAUUUUCUCUUUAGUCUAAGUUAUUUUGCAUUACUCCAGCUGGAAUCAGACUAAAGGAGUAAAGCCCUAGAAUCUGAUGUGGUCAACCCAAUAAAGAAUGACAUCUUGUUUAGUGUUGGGGAUGGUGAAAAGUAAUGUGGGUGCAGGCAGCACUAAGGGAUUGAUCCAAAGCCCUUUGACUGAUAGAGUAUGGUCCAGGGAUGUUUCCUGUAAAAGUUUUUUCAAGUCUUCGCAACGGCCCCGAGUGGUGGAACUGCCCUCCAACAGGACAUAUUUUUCCUGUCUGAGCUGGAAUGAUUUCAUAUCCCGUUGUCCUGGGGCAGAAUUAUUUUAACUAUUUAUUACCAGAACAUUUUAACAGAAAUCGUAAUGUGUAAGUAUAUUUAUUUUUCUGUAGUAAUCUUUACGUAUUUGAACUAUUCCACAACAGCUUUAAAACAAUAAUGAUCAGCUGUGUAAAACAGCACCUGUACAUUAUACAUAUGGUUACUGGCUGAGUUUUAAAUAUGCCAAGUAUGUUAGAAGUGUUAAAAUUAAGAGCAUAUAAAUUUUGGAUUGGGUGUGUGCUGUUCAUCUCUCAGAAGCCUAGAGAAGCCUUUGUGUGUGUAAGUGUUUAAUGCCAUCUUACGACUCCCUGCUGUAACAGCACAUUAGCUUUCUGACUACACUGUUAAAUCCAAAUCAAUGAAUGGGUGCUUUAGAAAAUAUGAAAUGCAGCCCUUUAAGCAAUCAUUAAAAUAUAAUAGGAUACUGGUGAAAUUUACAGACUACAUGGAGAUCAGCACCAGAAGCCAGGUUUAGGGUUCAUAGCACGGGAACGCUUUACUCUGAUGAACAGGGAUCAGCAUAAGAUCUUUUAAAAAAAUCUACAUACAGAACAGUAGGCGUGACUUAGGUUUGCUUUUGUCUUUUUACCAGUAAAUGUUAUGAAUGUGUUUACGGAAUAUCUGUUGGAACCAAUAAAAUAAUACUUUUCCUAUUAGUAACAAGACCUGAAAACAUUUUAAUUGCAUCAACUG